CAAAUUCUAGGUGAUCAUGACAGUGCUGUUUAAGAGAAGUUGAAAGAAAUAGAAAUCCAAAUUUUAUAAUUAAAAAAAAAAGGAAAGAGAUGAUGAUGACCGGAGAUCGUCCUCGGUCAAAUCCGACCGUCCAAAUCCCAAGCUGGGACAUGGAGGAUCCGACGGCCCACAUUCAGUCCCCAAUUUCCGCCGCCCUAAGCAGCCAAUACGACGCGGCGCUGGCGGCGCUGCAGCGCUACCUCCCCGGGAACCGCGACGACGACGGCUUCGACGACUCCGGCGACGCCUUCUCCUGCGACGACUUCCGCAUGUUCGAGUUCAAGGUGCGCCGCUGCGCGAUCGCGCGCUCGCACGACUGGACGGACUGCCCCUUCGCCCACCCCGGCGAGAAGGCGCGCCGCCGCGACCCCCGCCGCCACCACUACUCCGGCGGCGCGUGCCCCGACUUCCGCCGCUCCGGCGACUGCGCGCGCGGCGACGCCUGCGAGUACGCGCACGGCGUGUUCGAGUCGUGGCUCCACCCGGCGCGCUACCGCACGCAGCCGUGCAAGGACGGCACCGGCUGCCGCCGCCGCGUCUGCUUCUUUGCGCACACGCCGGAGCAGCUCCGGAUCCUGCCGCCGACCGCCGCCUCCAGCCCCGACGCGUCGCCGGUGGGGAUCGGUGGCGGCGCGUUCGGAAACUCGCCGGCGAUGUACUCGCCGCCGUCGCCGACCGCCGGAUCUCCGCCGGCGAUGAGCCUGAGCUCGGUCACCGAGUCAAUGCGGUGCCUGCAGCUGAGCAAGAUGAAAAUGGGGAUGGGGCUGAGCAUGAGCCCGCCCUCAUGGGGAAUCGGGCUCGGGCUCGGGCCCGGGCCGGGCUCUCCGCGGAGUCCCCGGGCCGGGUUCAUGAGCCUCCCCACCACUCCAAUCAGGUCGCAGACUCGGUCCGGACUCAGCGCGUUCGAUGCAUGGGGCGGUGGCGGCGCCUUGCACGAGCACGAGGAGGAGCCGGUGAUGGAGCGGGUGGAGUCGGGGCAGCAGCUGCGCGAGAGGCUCUACGCGAAGCUCGUUCGAGAGAACUCGCUCGAUCGCGGACGAGUCAACUCGGCGAGGCCGGAUUUCGGUUGAACUCGGUGGGAACGGGCCGGGCUGGGCUGUAGGGCCCAUCCUUUUUUGUCGUUUUGGGGAAGUGUGAAUACUGUGUUUCUGACUGACUACCAAUUGAAAAGGAAUGAAUGAAUGGAGGAUUGCUUUUGUUGAUGCGGGUCGGGUUAACGGGUCGGGCCGUGAAGGUAAAAUUGUUGAUUAAUUAUCUAUUUUGUUGUGGUUAUUUUGAUGUUUUUUAAGCUGAAAGGGGAACAUUCGAGGGCCUUGUAAUUUUUGUAUAAAUUUAGAAUGGUAGUGUGUUAUUAGAAUAUCUAAUUAACUAUGAAUGUUAUGUGAAGUUUUAUUGUUUGA